GAACCCACCACUAGAGAAAGCACAAGCAAGAAAACAAAGAAAAAAGAUCACUCACAGUGAGCCACCCGCACUCGCACCACUCCGUUCACUCGCCCUCAACAAUCACACCAGAAGUGAGAGAGAGAGAGAGAGAGAGAGGGAACAUCAGUGCACAAGCACUGGAAUCAAGGAGAAUAUGUGAAGGCAGCACAAGAACGAGGGAGAGAGAGACAGAUGGAGACAGAGAGAAACUGACUGAUAGCAGGUUGGCGGGUGGAUGGAUGAAAGAGCUGGAGACCAGAAGAUGCUUCAGCUUCGUCAGUGUUUCCAGCUUCAUGAGGAUGAUACAGAACAACCUGCACAAACAGACUGACAUAUCAGCAGCUUCCUUCUGAUUUAAAUCAAGCAGGAUCACAAACCAACACAACUCUACUCAUCUGAAACACAUCAGAUCUUAAUGACACCUGGAACAAAGGAAUACCAGUAAAACAAACAAACUAAAUAUAUUACACCUAAACUCCUCUAGACAAUUUUUCUUUUUGAUGGUACGAUGGAACGGCUUCAACUCCAGGUGAACUAAUCUUGAUUUAACAAUAUGCUGUGGAUCACGUUCUCCACUGGGAGGCUGUUCUUGCGGCAAGAGCACAUGGAGAGUAACAUAGUAAUUCUUUGAUUCACAGACUCAGUUUCUUAUUAAUGAGCUGGAAUGCCUUCUCUCUGCCAAGAAUGAGAAGUUGAAUGAUGCUCAGUGAGCCAUGCCCUUCAAUACCUGCACACUCUCAUAGAUGAGCACAGGUUUGCUUAGGAAUCGAAGAGGAAUGCUCAUACUUAGAAUUCUGCAGAUGCAACAAUUUCGCCUUUGGAUUCCAAUUUUUCUGCUUAUUAUCUUCAAGUUCUAAAGGAAAUGGAGUCCCUUAGGAGAUGGAGAUGAGACCCAUGUGAGGCUGUUGGGCUGGUCACAAGGACCUGUCAAUUGGUUUGGUGCAAAAAUUUCAAGGGCACUUGGAAGUUGAAGAAAAACAAGACUUGUGACUGUUUGAGAAUGUCUAACUUUAGAGCAACAUUAAGACAUUGAGUGACUUUUGGAAAUCACAAACAGAACAACCCAAUUUGGGUACAAAGCAUCAAAAAAUACAAGUCAUUACAACAAAAAAAAUGGCAGAGCUUGCUGGAUACAAUGGCAGCGAGAACUUUGUGUUCUCAACCGGUCUGCCUUUCAACUCUACUGGCGACUAUGAGUAUUACGAACCCGAACCCGAUGCCAGCAAGAUCAUCAUCCCCUCCAUCUAUGCACUGGUGUGCUGUGUCGGCGUCACAGGAAACGCCAUGGUCAUCUAUGUCAUCCUCAAGUACGCCAAGAUGAAGACGGCCACCAACAUCUACAUUCUCAAUCUCGCCAUUGCGGAUGAACUCUUCAUGUUGAGCGUCCCCUUCCUGGCGACCUCAGCCGCGGUGCAUCACUGGCCGUUUGGCUCACUCAUGUGUCGUUUAGUUCUCAGUGUGGAUGGCAUCAACAUGUUCACGAGCAUCUUCUGCCUGACCGUGCUGAGCGUGGACCGCUACAUUGCAGUGGUGCACCCAAUCAAAGCGGCUCGCUACCGUCGGCCGACCGUUGCCAAAGUAGUCAACGUUUGUGUGUGGGGACUUUCGCUGCUUGUAAUUCUGCCCAUAAUCAUCUUCGCGGACACGGUUCCGGCGCAGGACGGAGGAGUGGACUGCAACUUCCUAUGGCCUGAGUCCUCGUGGUCAGAAGCGUUUGUGGUCUACACGUUCCUACUUGGUUUCUUGCUCCCCGUGGCUGCCAUCUGUCUGUGCUACUGCUUGAUUGUAGUGCGCAUGCGAGCGGUGGGUCUAAAAGCGGGCUGGCUGCAGCGGCGGCGCUCUGAAAAGAAGAUCACACGCAUGGUGCUUCUGGUGGUGGCCGUUUUUGUGCUCUGCUGGAUGCCGUUUUAUAUUGUGCAGCUGAUUAGUGUGUUCCGCAAGCCGCCAGACCCCAUGGUGACUCAGCUAUUUGUCAUUCUAAGCUACGCUAACAGCGGCGCCAACCCCAUUCUCUACGGAUUCGUGUCGGACAACUUCCGCCGCUCGUUUCAGCGUAUCAUUUGUUUCCGCUGGCUGGAGAAUGGACUGGAUGCUGAGCAGGUGGACUACUGUGCUGUGGCCCUGCGGCGUCAGACCACAUGCGGCCCACCAAACUUUCCAAAGGAGUGCUUGGCCUCUGACAUGGUGUUUCGAAAUGGAACCUGUACCUCCCGUACAACCACUCUGUGAGAGGGUAUUCAGUGAGAGUGUUUAAAGGGAUAGUUGACUUAAAAAUGAAAAUCGUUGUGUACCCACUCUCAUUUCUUUCCAAACCUCUACUAACAGUUUUGGUUAUCAGUGAUGUUUAUUUUUGGGUGAACUACCCCUUAAUCAUAUCAUUCAUUGACACAUGAAAGUGCAGUACCAAGUGACCUAUCGGUAAGCCCCUCCUCCUCGAACACAGAUGAGCCAAUGGAAGUCAAGUAUCAGUUGCACGGGGACUGGAACUCGGAUAUCUUUAGAUUUCAACCCCAUAGAAAAACAUUGAAAGAUUCGAAACUUUCAUUGGUUUGAUGGUGUUUAUGCUACAGAAAUGGAAAAACAAUGUGCCUGGGGUACUUAUGACACUGUUUCCAGGUACGCCGAGCAGAUAGGCAAUAGGAUUUAUUUUAUUCUAUUUCCUAAACCCAAACAAAUCAGAGCAAAAAUAUCCCUAAGCAUUCACCCCCAAUCCCAAAGAAGACGAAAAUGUUCAUUUUCUGGUUGCCAUACUCUCAUUAAGUUACAAUUUUCAUCUGCUCAAGCAGAACGUUAAUGUCAUCUUGUGCUUCAGCAAGGUAACUCUGGCUAAAACUAACGUUAAAGUUAGUGAGUCAGUGCUAACGUACAAGCAACUGUUCUCACGUCAUGUACAGUGUAAGUCAAAAACACAUACACGAAGGUCUACAUUUAAUGUCUACUCUCCAUAUUAAACUGGUUAUAUGUAAAUUAAUGUAAUCUUACCCUGUGGUACAUAAACAGUGUUGAUCUGGGAUGCUGUCAUUGCGGUCGUAAUGACCAUAACAUAGGACUUCUCCUGUUUGCAUUGUGAUCUAUAUUUUUGCAUAUUUAUUUUGAAAUAUUUUAUACAUCCCUCCAUGGUAUAUUUAAGUCCAACUUAAAUGAUGGUGGUUCUGUGUCCAAAUCGUAUCAAAAACAUAUUGGGACAAGGUUUUCACACUGGCAGCCGCCAUUUUAAGACAGUAGCAACUCCGUUUGUUUGUCCAAGUGAGCAACAGCAACAAAGGGGGGCGGGGCUUACCGAUAGGUUAAUUGGCAAAUGAUCGUUACAUUGGCUAAAAGCUCAUAGCAUUGGCUUUUAAGAAAAAUUAACACAGAGGUAUACCAUUCUGAGCAGUUGUAAGCACAAUUACACAUUUGGUCGUACAAAUUGAAUAAUUUAAUUUACAUUAAGUUAAAAUUGUUACAGUUCCCCAACAUUUCAUGAACAUGGCAAUUUGUACAUUUCUUGUCUUACAUAUUCAGAUAUCAAAUAUAGGUAUCUAAAGAGAGGCAGUCCAGUGCAUCUGUAUAGAUAACAACCAAAAUGUUUGUUGAAUCUUUAAAUAUCUUUAAUUUCUAAUUGAUGUGUAGACACUGUUUUAAUUCAAAUGUGCUUAAGAGAAUGGUCUUUAUCAAUCAAACAACAUGAUAUGGUAAUUAGGAUACAUUUGACAGUUGAUUUGAAAGUGACUUCUGUACGAGUGAUGUUUCAUGCAUCGCUAUACUAUUGAGCAUUGACUAUUUGCCAGAGAAAUUUCACUAAUGUGACUGCAACUUAAUAAUAACGAAACGGUCGCCAAAGGUCAGCAAGGUCAGAAUAUUUGGUGCUCAGCAUUAAGUCAUGAGAGAAUAAGGAUGUGUUAUGUCUCAGUUUGCCUUGAAAUACUACCAAAUUUCCAUCAUAAACUCUAUUUAUGUGGUGAAGAUUUGCCAGCAAGACCUCAUUAUAAACAACCAAUAGAGCCCAUUCUGUUAAAUCUGUGAUCCUUAUGUAAUAAUGUUAAUUGUAGAUUAAUUGUAGAUUAAUGUUUAUAUGAAACAUAUGUUGAAAUGGUUAUAUGAUUGGUUUGUGGAUUCUGUGUACUUCUGAAUGCACAAUAUCACCAUAACAAAAUACUCCAUUUGUUCUUCCUUAAAUCAUUAUUUACUUUAUGUUUGUGAGUCAAAUGAUUUGUACAAGUCAAUGCCCAAAUUUGACUUAGUUUACCCUGCUUUGAAACUGUGUUGUGGGUCCAAAUUGUUGGUAUUUUAAAGUAAAUUAAAAAAGACAAUAAAAGUUGAUUGAACCUG